AUGGCGGCUGAAAUGUUCAAACAGCCUGGAAGUCCGUCAGCUGCCGAUUUGACCAAGGCGUCUUACGAUGAGCAGCUGGCCGCCAAGGACAUUGAGAGGGUCGGCCAGGUCGGCCCUGGGUGCAAGGAAGACUUUGCAGCGCCUUGUCCCAAGGGCUGGUCCUUGCUCAGCAACGACACUAUCGGCCCGGUUUGCAUCCCUCCGAGUAACUAUCAUGGUUAUUGCAACAAGCCUCAACCCUGGCCGACUUAUCCAGAGGCACUGUGA